GCCCUGGUGGGGAUUAUCGGGCCGGAGUGAGAAGUCUUGAGGGUCAAUGUUAGUUCAGUGCCACUCGAGCAAGGCUGUGGCCAUUAGAUCAACAAGUAACUCACAGAUCACGGGCGCCCGAGAACCUGUGAACGCGCGCGCGCGCAGGUUCCUUAAACUUUAACUUUGCAAAAAUCGAAGCUUUUUUGAACAAAAACUUUUUCAACGAAAAAUUUCAAGAAAAAGUUAUUUAGUUAUUAAGUUUUUUUAAUCACCACUUAUCUAUAAUAAAAACCCCUCUUAGUUAAUAACAAAAUCAUAAACUUGUUUUCGAAAAAAAACAUUAGUUAUUUUGUUAAGUGCUGUUUAUUGGACUUUAAAGGACUCUUCCACAAGAACUUUCUAAGAAAAAGGGUAGUUUUAUAUAAAAUCAAAAAUAAUGGAAACCUGCGUGUUAAUUCCGCAAGAAUUCAGCUUGUGUGUGCGAGGACCUCCAUUGGGAUCAAGGAAAACGACAGAACCUGAAGUUUCGGUUUGGUCCAACAGCCCGAUUUCGCAAGGAACACUCUGUUAUCCAUUCCAAGGAACCAUCCGUUUGGACAAAUUGGAAGUUUAUGGACAACUCGACGAGGAUGAUAUCCGGCAUAGGUUCGGUUGUUACGAUGAGAUUUCUGGAAUCGGAUCGAGAAAAGUCCGACACUGCAACUGGGUUCGGUUCAUCAGAGUAGCCAACGCCUUUAACCCUUCGGUCAAUUUGGUUGCAACUAAGGUCAGAGGUGAACCCGUGUACGAAGCCGUCAAACCCAUACCUCCAGAUACGGAGUUGAUCGUGUAUUACCUUCCUGAGAGACCUGAAGAAUUGUUCUUUGUUAGAAUGAGGGCUUCGUUGUAUAGACAAACGAUGGAUUCUAUUCUAGAAGAUUCUCCGUUAGAUCUUUCAAUGUCUCUUUUAUCGAGAGCUUUAUCUGGAUCUCCACCAUCGGCUGAAGACGAAGGAAAAUCUGUUUCCGGUGAUAGUUCGGCAGCCAGUUCGCAAGGUGAUAUUCCAGAAACGACGGGACCAACGCCAAGGGCUAGACCAAGGGAACGAAGUCUUCUUCCUUGCAGCGUGUGUAGUAAAGCUUUCGAUAGACCUUCGUUACUUAAGAGGCACAUGCGUACGCAUACUGGAGAGAAACCACACGUUUGUAUGGUUUGUGGAAAAGGAUUCAGCACGUCUUCGUCAUUGAACACCCACAGAAGAAUACACAGUGGCGAGAAGCCUCAUCAAUGCCCCGUUUGCUUGAAAAGGUUUACUGCGUCGUCAAAUCUUUAUUAUCAUCGAAUGACACACAUUAAGGAUAAACCCCACAAAUGUAAUUUAUGCAGCAAAUCGUUCCCAACCCCAGGAGAUUUAAGAUCACACAUGUACGUUCACUCAGGAUCGUGGCCGUUCAAAUGCCAUAUUUGCUCCAGAGGAUUCUCAAAACACACAAACUUAAAGAAUCACCUUUUCUUACAUACCGGUAAGUACAAAAGAUUUGGAAAAAAUCGCGCACAAAAUCAAUCUGAUAAACUUAAAAGUAAAGUUAUUUUCACUAAAGUAG